AUGGCUUCCUUGGGUAGUCGCGAUCUUAUACCAUUUCCACCUGGUGAUAAUACCAGCGACACUUUCAUCGAAGGAGUGCAUUUCAAUCUUACAACCCUGAAACAUUGGAACUAUAACUUUUACUCCAAUGGCACCUUUUCCAAUGGAUCCCUCUGCUUCAUUCUCUUCCACCCAUAUACCCCUCAUUUACUCCAAAAUGGCACAUUUCUUAACAGCACAUCAUGUUAUUCACCAAUCGAGCCCAUGGCGGCGCGGUCCAAAAUUGGUCUCGCAAUGGGAAUCCUAUUCCUGAUCAGUAUUGUGUUCACAUUAAUUAACCUACGAAAACACGGCCGAACAAGUUUAUCUCCCCGAAAACGAUUCCGCGCAGUAAGUAGAAGAUGGCAAUGGUAUUGGAUGCUUAUAAUUGGAACUUGUGGAGGUAUUAGCGGCAUCAGUACUGUCGAUGUUGACAGAUACUUUUUACCGGAAUUGCCGUUCGCUUUAACGAACUUCUUCUGGUUCUUGAUGAUACCUGCAACGAUGGCAGCCGUGUGGGAGAGUGUAAGACAUUGGGGUAGCUGGCAAGAGAGACAGAUGCUUGAUAUUCCUGAGAACCGACGCGCACUGAGGGAGGAUGAUAGACGGACGAAGAUUGAACUAGUGAUUCCUUUGGUCUUCUAUUUUUUCUUCUGGUUGAACUUCCUGUUGGUCAUACCAAGAUCAUGGGGUUCAUUCGAAAAGCAACGAGAUUUAGAUCAGAGCAAUGAUAUUGCCGCACCGGCCGCAACCGAUGUCCGGUUCAAGCUCGCAGCCUUUCUUCUUUUUGGAGGAUGGUUAACAACAAUAUACUCCUUACAGCACUCGAUAUAUCACUAUAUAUCCCACGAACAGGGGUCUGGGAACCGCUUGAUUGCAGUAUUCAAACACACUCCAAUGAAAUUCGUCAUGACUCUUUUGCUUUCUCUAAUCAUGAUCGGAUAUAUCGCAGCGAUUUCAUUCUAUUUCCCGAUAUCUCCUCUCAACAUUCAAACGAAACUGGAAGUCAUGUAUCCCUUAGGGUGGGGACCAAUAGCUCUCAUACUGCUCGCCUACGAGAUCAGUGGCUACGUGAAUCCGAACGAAGAUCGUGAUUUACUUCGACAGCGACGGAUUCGCGAUGUAGCAGCGGAUGAAGAGAUUGGAUACACAAAAAAGCCGAGAUGGUGGAGUAGGCUACAUGGUGAUAACAAAAUUGCCACGAUGCAAGAGAGAAUAACCGCCAACGUCACUGAAGUCGGAGGUGGAGCCCCAAGAACAAGGGAUUUAGGAAGACAGGUGGAGAUGGAAGAUCUUCCGUCACCUACUAGGCAUGAAAGAGGUAUUGAAACCCCUCCGAGAAAUGCUGAGGCAUUGAGAACGACCGCUGGUAUAUUAUAUCCUCCGCAUCUGGAUACCGAAGGAAGAUUUAGAGACAAUCCAGUGAGGACGAGAAGUUCUGAAGCUAGCUCGGUGACACAAGUUGAGUCCGAACAAGGUGCAGGCACUAAUAGUACUGUUUCUGUGUCGGCUCCCCCACAGCAGGUUAGAAGUAUGCUGGGUGUCUAG